AUGGAAAAGGUAGAAGAAAUCAAGUACAAAGUGCUGGAACUGAUCAACAAAAAGAAAGAGGUAAAGAUUCCAAAGAUGGGCUUCACGGAUUAUUAUGUGCACCAGCAGCAGGUUGCCCGUGUAGCCGCAACGCCUGCUCCGGGUGGGCACGCGAAAGCUUCAAUCCAAAACGUUCCUACUUCAGCGGUUAGUGGCAUGCCGCAGUACGACUGGGCGGAAGAGAUAUCUGGCCGGACAGGUGAGCCGGAUGAGCAGGCUGCCUCAGACCAGGAAGUGUUGGAAUCAACCGAAGCGAUCUACUUUGACGGUGGUAGCAACACCGGCCUGCAUGAGCUGCGCAAACUGUCCGAAUCUGGUCAGCUGCUCGACUGUGGAUCGAUCGAACAGUCGAUGGGUGUGUUGCGGCGUCAGCAUCGUGUUAUCUCGAAAAAGGUCCUACAACUGAUCUUGGAACAGCGAGCCGCCUGCGAUGAGGAGUUUCAGCGCAUUCGUGAAACGGAACGACUGUUACGGGAUACAAUUGGAAUGUGUCGAACCGCGCGGCUUAAGCUGGACACCUCGAAGCUGCUGCUUACCACGACCAAUCUCGAGAUAUUGGCGGCGUACAAGAAGCGCCAGACGCUGGUCAAUCUGUUGCGCACGCUAAACGCACUGAAAAGCAUGCGAUCCAUCGAUCAGCGCCUGCAGCGAAGGCUUACCGAUGCGGAUUACGGUGGUGCGAUUGCGAUACUGCUCGAGAAUAAAAACCUGUCGCAGCGGUUUCACCAAUACCGGUGCGUGGAGUCACUGUCUCACAAGCUGCAGGAUACGCUGCUACUGACGGAGGUACAGUUGGAGAGUGUGCUGGGCGAGAUGCCGUCCGAGUUCGAACCGGCUCGCUACCAGAAGCUGCAGGAAGCGUACCAACUGCUCGGCAAGCAGCUGAUCGCGAUGGAUCAGCUGCACAUGAACUUUGUCUCGUCCGUACAUACGGCCGCGUUUACCGUGCUUCGCCAGCACAUGGAGGUUAGCGUGGAGGAGAGCAAAAAGCUCACCUACGAGCAGAUGUGCGAGUGUGUGCCGAUGGACCGUUACGUCCACUGCUUGACCGCGCUUUGCCGGGCAUUUUGGAAGAUAUUGGUGUCUUACCAUCAGAUACGCUGCUGGCAUCAGAAUCGUUGUCUGUGCGAAAAGGCACCGAGUGCUGAGGGUGACAUAUCACCGGACCGUUCGUCGGCCAAUUUUCAGCAGGAGUACAUCCGCCAGAAGCUUGAGAGUGGACAGUUUCGGCUGUGGAAUGACAUCCAGGCGAAGGUUUGCGUGUUUAUCGGCACCGGGAGGUUGUACGCACUGAAGUACGAUCAGUUCGUGCAGAUAUUGGCGAUUGUGCAACGACUCAAAAAGGUGGGCGGAGAAUUCUGCGAAAGCCGGUCGGAAAAAUUGCUCGGAGCGAUGCAGCGCCAAAGUAUGGAGUUUUUUCAGCGAUACCAUGCGUCCUGCCUGGAGGAGAUUGGGCUAUUCUUCGACCAUGAGGUGUGGGUACCGAUCGGUAGCUUUCACGAUGUGACACAGUUGCAGGAGUAUCGGAACUUUCGGCAUGCGCUCGCACGUACGGCUGUUGGUACAUUGGCCGCCGCUCGUACUAGCCCGGCCGGAACGGAGCUGCUCCCGGACAGUGCCUCAUCGUUGCACUCGCAGGACGAAAGCUCACUGUACGGUUCCUGUGGGUACUUUUUACGCUUCACCGAAAAAAGCUCCCCAUUCGAUGGUGGGUUCGACAGUACGAUGCUUGAAGAGGAUAUACUGGCCGGGAUUGCGGACGAAUCGUCCUACUACUGCUCGGAGGACAGUAGCGAUAACAAUGAGCAACAGUCGGCAGGCUCGCCGGGAUCCCCUAGACACAGUCGGAAAUCGCAACUUGCGCAAUCUCCACAGUCACCGCCCGCUCCACCGAUCGUCGUGGUUAACACCUCCCUGACCGUAUUGCGCUGCAUUGGACGGUAUCUGUACUUUUGCAAGUUGCUUCACCCAAUCACACCCCACAUCGUGCGCUCGAUGGCGGAGCUGAUCGACUAUUAUCUGUACUCCGUUCAUGACCUUUUCUCGGCCGAUUUGCCGGUGCCACGCGAUAACCUGUCCAGUGCGCGACUAAGGACGGCGAUGCAGCGCAUCCAAGCGGAGCUGCUACCGAAGUUGCGCCGUGUGUGGCCCCUGUCCGACGAGAUGGUACGUCCAGAUCUUACCGAUCCCGACACACUGUACGGACUGCAGAAGCGUAUCGUGGCGUCCGAGAGUUGUGUCACCCUUGUCGCCCAGUUCCGUCAGAUGGAGAGCUAUUUGGGGGGUUUGCUUGGUGGAACGCUGACGACGAUACCGGCGGGUAGUGGGGAAGAUGGUUGGACGCAGGCAGCAUUGCGCGAAUAUCUCGUAGGCACCACCGAGUACGUGCCGGAUGUACGGAAGCCUAUCUUCAUGUGCUCGACCGCACGCGUUAUCGAUCUGCAGGCGGUAUUAAACGCGAUGGCCAAGGUGAAAUGGGACGUGAACCAUGUGAAUGUGCAACACUCACCAUACAUCGAUACCAUCAAUCGCGGAAUACAGUACUUUGCCAUGAAGCUGGAAGAACAAACCUCCACUGUGAUGCUGCCACAAGAUGUACUGUGGGAUAGCUUUGUGCACGUGUUGACGCAUAUGCUCGUUGAGGGAUUCUCGAACGCCAAAAAGUGCUCGGCAGGUGGACGGGCGUUGAUGCAGCUUGACUUUACCCAUUUCUGGUCGCUGCUGGAAAUUGUAUCGGGCGGCAAACAUCCGGAGCAUCGGGCGUACGUGGAGCAGUACGUAAAGGCGUACUAUCUGCCGAAGGAUCUGCUUGAACAGUGGCUGCUAGAACCGCACGGCUACUCGCCGAAGCAUUUGGUUGGGUUGGUACAGUGUGCGUGCAGCAGCGAUAAGAAAACACGCCAACGGCUGCUUGCGCUCGUCGAGUCGAGUAGUAAUCCCAUCAACGCUGCGUCCAUCCCCACCACUAACUCAUCCCCAGCCCAGCAGCAACCGUCCGGGGAUGGUUCGUCGCUGGGCGAUGGACCGAAAAAGGACGGCUAA